CUCUCUCCCUCCCUCACCCGUGUGUGCAUCGAUAUUUUCUGACAGGGAGAAAGAGAGGACCCCUCCAUAUCUUAUAACUGUUGUUUUUGGGUGGUGGGAGGGGGGUGGCUGAGGCGUUAUUUGGAGGUUCCCGUUGUGUGGGUCAGUCAGGUGGAGUGAGGGCUUCCCGGGCUGGGCCGGGCCGCACCGUGGCUCCCUCUAUGAAGACAUCCCCACUCAGUCGGCAGCAGUGGGUCUUCAGGGGCCAUUUUUCGUUUCGCAUAAUAUUUACGCCUGGGGAAAUGUGGCGGCUGCCCGGCGACAUUAUAUCCCCCCUCCCUCCCAGCUGAGCGUCGCCCGAUCCGCCUUUCUUUUCCGUUUCAGCGAUGAUUUGCUUCAUUAACUGCGAGAGAAUUGGGUGUGAAGAAGGCGGAAGGUGUACCGGCCAAGGCCGCCCUGUGGGUGGGUGAGAGGAGGAACCGAGGAGUAACGAUCUUCUCUCUCGUCUGGGCACCAACCACAUGGGUGCAGAAUUGCGAAAGAAAGGUCCGUGUUGAAACAGCGAAAUCAUUUGUAAACAUCGAAGAUUCAGUCCCCGGAGACUCGGGAUUUCGAGGGUUUCCUCACUGUUCUUCUAUUCCACGUGGAACUUGUUUUCUUUUAAUAAAAAGGAAGUCUUUAGUGAAUCCGAAUAUUUGCGUGACAGAUCACUUUCGGGAAAUAUUCAAGCAAUGGGCGUUAUCUUUUAGGGUGAAAAUUGGCGACUUGAACUCGGACGGCGCAGGUGCGUCUCUCAAUGCAAUGUUUACCAUCGUGUAAGUGUCGACUGGACUGGCAGGAAAAGGAAACGUGGCUGUGUUUAAAAUAAUUUGUACAGCGGGAACGUGUUUGCGAGAAACUGCAAGAGUUGUGACCGAAGAUCAACAAAAUACGACCACAUAAUAACGCUGGAUGUUUAAAAGCAUGAAUGUCCGUAUCGAUCAACAAUGUGAAGCACGCCCCAUACAUACGAUAUUGGGAUGUUAUUGUGCUUUUUCAACAACUGUCCCGACAUCUGCAUGAUUUUAGUCAUUGUCCUUUUGGGGUGAGAUACAACACUCCACACAUUGAUGCCGUCCCCGAUGAAACAGUGCGAAUACAGUCAGAUUGCCGCUCAGAGUUCAUCUCCUAUGGAGUCUCCUAAAAAGAAGAAUAUUCCGCACAGGAAAUGGGAAGUUUUCCCAGGAAGAAAUAAAUUUUACUGCGAUGGCAGAAUCAUGAUGGCCAGUCAAACAGGGGUCUUCUACCUAACCCUUGCCUUGAUCGUGGUCACCAGUGGAUUCUUUUUUGCGUUCGACUGUCCAUACCUAGCAGUAAACAUCACACCCGUGAUACCAGCGAUAGCAGCAGUUUUGUUCUUUUUUGUGAUGGGAACGUUGCUUCGUACAAGCUUCAGUGAUCCAGGAGUUCUACCUCGUGCCACGCAGGAUGAAGCAGCAGACCUGGAAAGACAGAUAGAUGUUGCCAAUGGUUCAAACUCUGGAAGUGGCUAUCGACCUCCCCCCAGAACAAAAGAGGUGAUAAUUAAUGGGCAGACAGUCAAGUUAAAGUACUGCUUCACCUGUAAAAUCUUCCGGCCACCACGUGCCUCUCACUGUAGCCUUUGUGAUAAUUGUGUAGAACGAUUUGAUCACCAUUGCCCUUGGGUGGGCAACUGCGUGGGAAAAAGGAACUACAGAUUUUUUUACAUGUUUAUUUUGUCGCUGUCACUUUUGACGGUAUUCAUCUUCGCUUUCGUCAUCACUCAUGUCAUUCUCCGAUCUCAGAAGACAGGAUUUCUAAAUGCACUAAAAGACAGUCCUGUAAGUGUACUGGAAGCCGUUGUUUGUUUCUUCUCUGUGUGGUCAAUCCUUGGACUUUCAGGAUUUCAUACAUAUCUGAUUAGCUCAAACCAGACCACAAAUGAAGAUAUUAAAGGAUCCUGGUCAAACAAGAGAAGCAAAGAUAAUUAUAAUCCAUAUAGCCAUGGGAACAUCUUCACAAAUUGUUGUGCAGCUCUGUGUGGACCAUUGCCGCCAAGCUUAAUUGAUCGAAGAGGAACGAUCCAGUCAGAUACACCACAGGCCGUUGUGCCACCAAAUGGAAUCACCACUUAUGGGGCCACACAAACUCAGAGCAACAUGGCAGCAGCUGUAACACUUUUACAGAAUGAGUCAAGUCCAACCUGUGAAGAGCCUCCUCUACCUGGGAAGAUGACAAUUUCUCCUCCAUGUGCCACCUUGGGACUCGGGCAUCCAACACCUCCCCCAUCGAAUUCAAAUCUUGCAACAGCAACCAUAUUAACAGAUACAAUGCCACUGACGGAACAAUCUGAAGGUCACUACUUUCUUACGCCAGAGGAGGCUCCAUCACCUCCAGGAAUGCUUAACCUCGGUACUCCUCUCACUCAGAGCCACACCAUGCUCGUCCUGAACGCAGUCAUCCAGGAUUCGAUGCACGAGGAUUCAGUUCGGGGCCUUGUCAAGCUAAGUUCGGUUUGACCCAUUCUAACUGUCCAAAUUCCAAUUGUUGUUGUAAGCACCAUACCAGGAAAUGGUAUUGUAUUUCCAGCACAGACUCGAAAUAAAAGAUGAUCACUAUAUUGAUUACAGACAAUAUGUGGCAGAAGAAGAAACGCCACCCUGUGUUACUCAGACAAAGAAGCAACACAAUGGAUCGUCUUAUCAAUGGGGCCAUAGCAGAAGACAAUACAACUGCACUCAGAUACUGAAUAAGUGUUACACAGCAUUAAGUGUGCUCUACUUUAAAGAUGUUGCACAGUUGCGAUCAUUCGGAAAGAUCAAUGAAGUAUCAGGCUGCUGAAACAGAACACUGAGUAAAUCAAUUACUAAAUCUUGGAAACUUUAUUGUCAUUCAGACCUUUCGGUCUGAACGAAAUUAACACCGUAUGUAUGAAUCAUCUUUAUCAUCAAAAUAUGAGUAUUUCAUCUCUUGUGUGGGCGAUUCAGAAUAAGUAAUUAUAAAGGUGUUCCAACAAAGCCAGUUUGAACUGUAAUCUUAAAUCACUAAAGUCACACUGUAAACAAGUGUUAAAGAACCUGUGUAAAAUAUUUUGCUUUCCAAAGAAUACAAACAAGGGCAAAGGAAAGCAGACAAGUUAAAUACAAUAUUCUUCAAUUAAUCAUUUUUUGGGAUUGAAAGACCACGAAUAUUAAGAGCCACUAUUGACUUAUCAUUUAUCUCUUUUUUAUGUACAGUGUUUUAAAAGAAGCUUUGUUGUGCCAUGUCACCAUUUAAAAUUGGUGAUAUUUAUUAAUAAAUUGAUGACACUUUUAUUCUUUAA